UAGUCUCUCAGGCCAGCCAACCAGCUUUUCCUGUGGACAUCGUACUAUUUAGAAGAAUUCUUCUCAUCGGUGUCUGUGCUAACUACACUUAUUUGUGCAGCGGGGCUGGGCCGGAUGUAGGCCGCGGAGGCCUUGCGAGCCGCGCGCGGGUCUUACCCAUAGCGGAGGAGCGCGAGCGCCGAAACCUCCAGGGCUGUUACCUCCCGCGUCGGGACGCUAAGUGCGCGGCCCGCCCUCUCCCUAUUGACCAUCGCCGGUUUAUUAACUUGCCUCCUAGGAGGCGGUGGAGUUGAACGGAAGACAUUUUAUUUCUGACCCCCAUCCGAGUUCCAGAAUUGAUUUCGGAACGGACGGAUCUUAAUCCUGCUGCUAGUUGAUUUGUGAUGUUGGGUGGUUUCACGACUGUAGAUCGGUUUAUAGAUAACGAGGCAUAACUGUGGUCUCGGCUCUGCAUUUUUCUGGCAGUAGUGCUAAUCGCCUGUUGGGAUUUAUAGAUAGGUUUGGGGUAUCUGGUUGACAGUUCACUUAGAUUACUGGUAUGAGACUGCUGAUAACUCGAAUUUCGUUGCCAGUUUGGAAUUCAGGUUUCACCUGGGGAAUUGGGGAAGUCGUCAGCUGGUUGAAACUUGUUUCUAGCUCAGUAGUCUGCAAGUUAAGUAAAUUACAGUGACCAACGUGGAUACUCUCGGGAGGUCACUCUCCCCGGGCUCUGUCCAGGUGGCGUAGGGGAGCAUAGGGCUCUGCCCCGUGACGUACAGUCCCUUUCCACGACGUUGGAGAUGAAGCCGGGCCUUGAGUCUGCGCCUGCAUAUUCCUACAGCUUCUCAGAGUCCUGUGGACGAUGACUGAGGAGACAAACCAUGCAGGAAACAGCUCUUAGAGCACCCCCUAUCUGGAGCUAGAUUGAUUGGAAAUGAAAGAAAAUUCUGCUCUUAAUCAGCUGCUGUUCUACUGGAUUAAGCUCUUACCUACCUUGUUUUGCAGCAGUUGCUCAGGAUUCCAGAUAAUUUGAUUUGGGGAUUGAAGAGGAGCCUCACCUUACGUUGGCAGUCGACACUUUAUGCUUUGGGGUACAUUAUUUACUUGGCAGGGACAGUUGGUGAAGUGGAUGAUAAAUGUUUUUGUAAGCUAAGCCUGGAGGUUUAGAAGCUUGAGCACAUUUGACCCCUUUUUAAAACUGCCCUUAAGAGAAAUUCAAGGGAGAACAGUAGGUUUUUAAGCUUAUUUUAAGAGAGAGCAAGUAUGUGGGAGGGGCAGAGGGGGAGAGAAUCCCAAACAGGCUCUACCCUAUCAGCAUGGAGCCUCAACUGAGAUCAUGACCUGAGCAGAAAUCAAGAGUCUGACUGAGCCACCCGGCACCCUGAUCCAUGUGUUUCUGAUGUACUUAUGGAUUAUAAUAAAGAUGACUGCAUAUUUGUGUGGCUCCUUUUUAUGUGGAAACACGACUGACCAGGCCCUGAGCUUGUCUUGUAUAUGCUGGCACUUGUUUACUUGAGAAAAUGUGUUGGUUCCUACCAGUUCCCUAGUGUGCAGGGAAGAGCUUCCUGGUUGCAUUCAAAGGUGGGUAAUGCUUAGGACACCUAAGGAAUUAGGUGAGAGACCAACCUACACUUGGCCACUAGACGGGAGAUCUGGGUUACUGAUAGACCAAGCCUAAUCUUCUGUUUCCCCACAGUGUAGUACAGGCAAGUUAACCUUAGCAAAUACAUGAUUGGACAUAAACGGCAAAAUCCCACCACUGUUAGCUAGUUAGCCUCUACUGCCAUUGUUCCAAGUAGUGUACUUCAGCCUGAGAGAAUUGUCAUCCUGCUUAUGAUGUGAGGCUGAGUCACAAUGGAAAUCUUGUCAAGCACAGGCACUGACUGCCAGCGUUGGAAACUAGUCCAGGCCCUGAAGGAUGGGAACUGGCAGGGAACCAUCUAGAAGCCAUGGGAAUGAGUAAGAUCUUGGAAGAAGAAAGCAGAGAGAGAUCAAACAUCCAGGGUUAAAACUUGGAGAAAUCGCACAGUAUAUCAUCUAAAAGAGGAGUCCAUGAUGGAGGCAGAGGUAAAUUUGGAGAGGAAAGGAUGCCACCCAAGCGUAUAGCUAAGAGAAGGUCACCUCCAGAGGAUGCUCUCCCCAAAAGCAAGAAGGUGAAGGUCUCACAUAGGUCCCACAGCACAGAACCAGGCAUGGUGCUGACACUGGGCCAGGGCGAUGUGGGCCAGCUGGGGCUGGGCGAGAAUGUGAUGGAAAGGAAGAAGCCAGCCCUGGUGCCCAUUCCGGAGGACAUUGUGCAGGCUGAGGCUGGGGGCAUGCAUACCGUGUGUCUAAGCAAAAGCGGCCAGGUCUACUCCUUCGGCUGCAAUGAUGAGGGUGCCCUGGGAAGGGACACAUCAGUAGAGGGCUCAGAGAUGGUUCCCGGGAAAGUGGAACUACAAGAGAAAGUGGUACAGGUGUCGGCAGGAGACAGUCACACAGCAGCCCUCACUGAGGAUGGCCGAGUUUUCCUCUGGGGCUCCUUCCGGGACAAUAAUGGUGUGAUUGGACUCUUGGAGCCCAUGAAGAAGAGCAUGGUACCUGUGCAAGUGCAGCUGACAAUGCCUGUAGUGAAGGUGGCCUCAGGAAAUGACCACUUGGUGAUGCUGACAGCUGAUGGUGACCUCUACACUUUGGGCUGCGGGGAGCAGGGCCAGCUGGGCCGUGUGCCUGAAUUAUUUGCCAACCGUGGUGGCCGGCAGGGCCUUGAACGACUCUUGGUCCCCAAGUGUGUGAUGCUGAAAUCCAGAGGAAGCCGGGGUCACGUGAGAUUCCAGGAUGCCUUCUGUGGUGCCUACUUCACUUUUGCCAUCUCCUGCGAGGGUCAUGUAUAUGGAUUUGGCCUCUCCAACUAUCAUCAGCUUGGAACCCCAGGCACAGAAUCUUGCUUUGUACCCCAAAACUUGACAUCAUUCAAGAACUCUACCAAGUCCUGGGUGGGCUUCUCUGGUGGCCAGCAUCAUACAGUCUGCAUGGAUUCAGAAGGAAAAGCAUACAGCCUGGGUCGCGCUGAGUAUGGGCGGCUGGGCCUUGGGGAGGGUGCUGAGGAGAAGAGCAUACCCACCCUCAUCUCCAGGCUCCCUGCUGUUUCCUCAGUAGCUUGUGGGGCCUCCGUAGGGUAUGCCGUGACCAAGGAUGGUCGUGUUUUUGCCUGGGGCAUGGGCACCAACUACCAGCUGGGCACGGGGCAGGAAGAGGAUGCCUGGAGCCCUGUGGAGAUGACAGGCAAACAGCUGGAGAACCGUGUGGUCUUAUCUGUGUCCAGUGGUGGCCAGCACACAGUCUUACUAGUCAAGGACAAGGAACAGAGCUGAUGAAGCCUCUGCGGGCCUGGCUCCCGCCACCCACCCCCCCUCCUGGAACUGGGAAGCUAUGACUGUAGAUUCCAGCAGGCCUCCCCCAGCCCUGAGUACUCUGUCAUCUGCCUUUUUCCUAUCAGCAGAACAGAAUCCUUUCCCUC